AUGGGGAAAAUUGAUAAUGAAUUUAUCACGGUCGAAGAAUUUAUAACUGGUGAGUUCGUUAAGUAUAUAAACAACACGGGUGAACUUUGCACUGAACCGAACGAUGAGUAUAGCCAAAAAGCAGAGUGUCUUGCGCAUUUUUCCUUUGUGAAAUCGGAUAAAAAACUUAUUCUCCUGGACAUUCAGGGCAGCGGUGCCAAUCUGUAUGAUCCUGAAGUCGCUUCUUUGGAAUUACUAGAUGAUGGUGAGAUAUUGUUUUGUGCAGGAAAUCUUUCCAAAAUGGCAAUUGAUACAUUCAUUGCCUUUCAUGCUUGCAACAAAUACUGUGAGUUGUUAGAGCUACAGAAACUGUAA